AUGGAAGCCCAAAGUUAUAUUAAUUCUCUCAAAGAACAGCAAAAAAUUAAAAAAGUUGAUGUAAAAGAUUGCUCCAAUGAAUCAACGGUGGAUUUAGAAUUAUUGGAUGCCUGUGUAGGUUUCAUAAUAGAUGUACAAGUAAUUGUGUUUAAUGAAGUUUUUGGUGAGAGUACACAAAGUGAAAAGGAUUAUUAUCUUCAAAUUCUUCGAACAGAUAGGAAAGGCAAAACCAAUAUCAUGGAUUAG